AUGACAAUUAGAGAAAAGUUACGGUUUGGUUGGUUGACACUAACCUGGUCCUUGAGGGUUGGAUGUGCCGUUCAUUUAGUUCAUGAUUAUACUUAUGAAUUCACCGAAACCAGAGGAGAAUCAAUGUUGCCAACAUUACAAAACUACUUUGAUUAUGCUCAUGCUUUAAAGAAAUAUAAAUUAGGCCGAGGCAUUGAAAUGGGAGAUUGUAUAGUUGCUAUGAAACCAACAGAUCCUGAUCACAGAGUGUGUAAACGAGUGACUGGAAUGCCAGGGGAUUUGAUUUUAAUCGAUCCUUCAUCUUCAUCCCCAUUAACUAACACACCAGCAGAAAUAGUCCAACAUGAUGGGUUUAAUAAAUAUAUACGAAUACCCGAGGGUCAUGUAUGGUGUACUGGAGAUAAUUUAAGUCAUUCGUUAGACUCCAGGUCAUAUUCCGCAUUACCUAUGGGAUUGAUAAUUGGUAAGAUUGUUGGUGCUAAUCAUUUGGAUAAAGGAAUACGAGGAUAUCUUGAUUUCAGGCGAAUUAAAAACACAUUUAUAGACGAAGAGUAG